GAUACGUCUCUACGCGUUAGCUCCGGUGAUAUUCUUCCUAAAGCGUCUUUGAUUUUCUUAAUCGAUCAGCUUCUGGGGUUUUAAAUAUUUUCUAGGGUUUGAUAUCCAAAUUGCAUCGGUGGAUUUUUGUAUGUUCAUGUGGUUUACUCUUGGUGAUGGAUCGAUGCUUUGAUCUCUUGGUGAUGGCUUUGGUGGAUUUGUUGUUUCUCUGUUGCGUCUCUGCGCUACGUCUUCAGGGGGUGCUCUUCCUCUGAUUUUCGUUUUCUUACUUACGUCUCUUCGUCUCGCAGAUGUUUUGGAUGCCAAUUAUGAUCCGAUCAUCUCUUUCGAUUCUGUAUUUUCACCACUUUUUGUUUCCUUGUCGUCAUGUUGUUGUAGAUCUUGGAUGAUGCUAUGAUCGGUGAUUGGUUUUUUGGAUCUUUGUCACCUGUUUUCUCUAGGCUACGUCUUAAAUCGAUUUUUUGAUCCGAUCCUCGAUCUAGCUUCUGAAUUUUUACCUUUUUCAAUUUAUGUUAUAUUUACUCCUCGUUCUAUUUUUGAUUUAGGAGGGUACUAUGAUUGAUUGGUGAUUGUGGAAGAUACUAAGAUCGACCGGUGAUGGUUUGAUUGAUCGUUAUAUCUGUUUGAUUUUUCUCCUCUUUCCCAAUACUUUUUGUUUUUUUUGGCUUUUUCUACAUAAGCGAUAUCUCUCUGUUUGACGCAGAUCGUGGAGGCAAUGGGAUUGCUGUGUUGUAGAUUUCUUCUCCCCUAUCUGUUGGUUUCUUCUGAUUUCUCGUGUUACAUAUUUUUUACUUUCCUUGUUACAAUCACGAUUACCUCUGUUCUAUUCCGUCUCAGUUUAUCUUGAAGGAUAUAUUUGAUCUGUCGUCGCUCCCUGAUGUUACAUCUUUGGCGGUUUUCCUUCUAAUUUUUUUGGGUGAAAUCUUUGGUUUAGAUCUAAGAAGUUGAAGGCAUUGUGGGAGGGAAGGCUUGGUUGAGUAUGGUUUCGUGUUUCUGGUUAACUCACAUCUAUUCACCUUUUUGUUAUUGGUUGUUUUAUAUUAUUUUAGGCUUUUGUUGUUGGUUGAUUAUGAUCUGUCCUGUGUGUCUUAUUGUGUGUUUCCAGAUUUCUACAUCAGUCUCUUCUCUCUGUUUCUCUGCUGUCUUCACAUAUCCAUAUGAAAGAUGACCUUGAAUUACCUUCCUAAUGAGUUUGUUCAUUUACUCUUUUUAUUUUUCCUUUGCAAGUAGUUUCUGUAUUGAAUGUUAUUCGUUUGGGUAUCUUUCAGCAAUCUGUUGUCUCCACAGAGUUGUUAUUGGAUGUUUCAGGUUAACAGAUCUUCUUAGCGAUGUUAGCACUUAUAUUUUAUGCUUACAAGUCUUUGUCUUCUAUUUAAGGCAGUGAGUUCUAAAAAGAGAAGCGUCAGGUUACUAUGUUUUUUUCCCCUUUAUUUAUGUUGGUAGUAUGUUAUCUCUCAUGUUACAUCUAUUUUUAGUAUUUGAUCAUACUCUCUUCAUAUGCUUUUGACGGUGGGUUUUUUAUGUCAAAUGGUCCCCUUCUUUGUAGGUAUAUAUAUCGAGUUUGAAAGAUUUUUAUCUAAUGGUUCCCUGCUACCUCUCUGGCGGUUUUCUUAUCUCCCAUUGUCUUAUUUUUAGGGUUUCUUAUUUCCAUAUUACCUGAUGUUUUUCUUUUUUAAUUUUUGGAGAAGUUUCUAUUUAGAUUGUAGAAGUUCAAGGCAUUGCGGGAGAAAAGGAAGGGUUGCAUAUUAUAUUGGUUUCUGGUUCCUUCACAUCUAUACAACUUUUUAUCUAUAUAUUGUUUAAUUUAAGAUUGAUAUUGCUGGUGAGGUAUGAUUUUUCCUGUGUCUGUUUCCCAGAUUUUCUUCACAAACCACUUCAUUCUGUUUCCGUUUACACAAUCAGACUAAAGAUGAUCAUACAGUCCUCCCAAACGAGUUUCUGGUUACUUCGCAUAUAUACACUUUUUGCUAUUGGUUGAUUUAUUCAAUGUUGGCUAUAGUUGGUUAGGUUUGAUCGGUGCUCUACUCUGUGUUUUCCAGAUUUUCAACAUCAGUCACUUCUCUCAGAGUCUCUGCUGUGUCUCCACACAUUCAUAUGAGAGGAGUUUGUUCUUAUACUUUUCUUUUUAAAGUUUAUUUUGUAUUGAAUGUCUUAUGUCUAUUAGAUCUGCUAAGUCUGAGAUCUCUGAUGCAGAAGGCUGGUCAUGUGUGUUCAGGUUUUUCGUUUUCUUUUCCUUGUGCAUUCUUUCAGCAAUAUGAUUGUUUCCAUAUACUUUGUUAUUGGAUGUUUCAGGUUAAUAGUAAUGUCUGCUGAUCUUGCUAGUGAUGUUAGCAUCUAUGUUUUAUGAUCUUUUGUUAUAGGUUGUGAGGUUCUAAAAGAGAGAAACGUCCGGUUACUAACUGGUUUCUUUCCCCUUUCUUUCUGUUGGUCUUAUCUUUUAUGCUACAUCUAUGUUUAGAGUCUUAUCAUACUCUCAUAUUCUUGUGGCGUGGUUUUUUUUUUUCUGAUGUGAAAUUCUUCCUUUGUUUAUAGGUAUAUAUUUUGAGCUUGAAAGAUGUGUUUGAUCUUGUGCUUCAUGUUACCUCUCUGGCGGUUUCUUAUCUCCUUUUGUUUUAUUUUUUUGGUUUCUUAUUUCCCUAUUACUUGAUGUUUUCUUUUCUAAUUUUGGAGAAAGGUUCAAGCAUAAUGAGAGGGAAAGAUGGUUUGCCUAUAUCGUGUCUCUGGUUACUUUGCAUCUACAUACCUUUUUACCCAUUCAUUUUUUACUUAAAAGUUGGCUAUUGUAUUGUUGGUGAGGUAUGAUUUUUCCUGUGUCUCUGUUUCCCAGAAUUUCUUCACAAUUCACCUCACACACUCAGACUAAAGAUGAUCAUAGAUCCCUCCCAAACGAGUUUGUUCCUAUGUCUUGUCCUUUUACCUAGUUUUUGUAUUCAAUGCUUUUAUGUAUCUGAUGAUUGCUAACUCUAAUGUUUUUCCUGUCCUUUUCAUCAUAGAUGUGUCUACUAAAUUAUUUUUUUGUAUUGAACAGCUUCAAGUCUGAGUGCCUCUUAUGCAGAAAGCUAGACAUGUUGUUACUCAGGUUUUCUUGUUCCUCUUUUUUGGAUUUUCUGCAAUCUGUUGUUUCGUACAUCCUGGAUUUUGAAGUCUGUUGCACUUCCUGAGCUCUGGACUGUGAUAGGGGGGAGAUUCUUUUGAUUUUUUGGUAUGUUGAGAAUGUGAAGGAGCCAGGAUCUCUUAUUGGUUUUUUUCGUGGUGUGCCUUUUUUUUUGUUUUGGUUACUAUUAUAUUUGGUGGAGAUGUGAUCAGUUCCUGUCUGCUGCAUCUUUUCUAUAUAGAUGCUAAUUGCUACUACUGGAUGAAACUUAUCAUUGCAUUGGAGUUUGAUUUUGCAAAGGUUUUGGUCUGCUCGACUACACUCCCUGUAACUGUACAUCAUGAAUUUGCCUAGUUAUCUCUCAGUAGGGACAAAUUUGGAUCUUCCAUAUCUGGUAGAUCCAGGUCAGGUGUUAUGAGCUACUUUUCUUCUGAGGUUUGAUUCUUAGGUUUCUUUGGCUUUUGAUUAUUGCGUCUUUGUUGAUUUUUGAAUUACUUCUGACUGUUAUAGUUUACUGGGUAUUAAAGAAAAGUAAGCUCCAACCUCCAAUUGAAGGGUUCCAUCUUUUCUUCUUUGUUUCUGCUUUGACGAGGCUAUUUAUUUCCUGAGAGUUGAUGCUAUUAAUUUUGUUGUCUUCUGCUUCUCUCUGAGCGGAACUGUGCUACAGAUUUUGAGGAUCCAGUAUAUUUUACUUAUGGGUUGGUCUGUUCUCCAGCAAGAGAAGGUAACAUUGAAGGUUCUUUGAGUUCGCUCGUCAGUUAUGCAUAAAAACUUUUUGUUUUGGUGACUCUUCUGUUUCAUGCUCUGGGAUUUACCUGGACAGGAUGGUUGAAAAACUCUGUAGGCUGACAUAUCUGAAGGUGUGGACGCUCAGAGUUUAUACUUGUUCUAUUGAUUUUAAGAUUUAGUCUUCUGGCCUUUUGAUGAUGAUUCUCAGUUUUUCAGCAAUAUCUGGUUAAUGUCUGAAGCUUUUGAAGAUUUUCAGCUCUGUUUUUGUACAAUACGUGGAUUAUAGGUUUCAUCAUAUACCUCAACAUUUAUACAUCGUAUUUUGGUGGUCAUAAAACUGCUAGUCUGCCACAUCGAGUUAUUUUGUAGGUCCACACUGAUUGUUAGUAAUGGUCAUGGUGUAUGUAUUUUUGGAAUCUGGGCUACAUUUACAGAUUUUAAACCAUUAUUGUGGAGUUGUUGCUCAUAUUCUCUUCAGUUUGGUAUUUAUUUAAGUGAUUCUUGCUGGUUGUGUGACCUCAUGGGGCCUGGCUCAUAGCAGGCACAUUGGUUUUGAUGAUAUUCGUCUUUAUUUCUGACUUCUGAGGUUUCUUUCUUCCUGGCUGGUUUUAAUGGUUCUGAAACAUUUGAUAAUGAAGUCCUCAAUUGAUUUUUGUGGGGGACACAUGUGUUGUUUGCUUUCAGGUGAGGCUUAAUAUGCUUACUUCUGGUGGAGAUUGAUUAAAUAUGUUGUAGGAUUGUUACCUCCAAAUCGUAGUCCUUGGACAUAUUGGCUUGCAGGGAAAAACUCUCUGGCUAACACGAAAAAUCUCCAUUCUAGUUACUUUUGUUGAGAUCUUACGAUUGGGGAAGUGAUGUUUCCUCAACUAAUCAUCUCGUGAACCUUAAUAUGCUCCGUCACACAUUGAAGCCUAUGUUAGGGUUGCAGUUUGUGAAGUUUUCAUGGGAAAGUCUUUUGAGUUCACUGAAGGUGAUUUUUAUUCCAAAAAGAAAGAUGUGUUUUCCUGUACGAGGCAGAAUUUUUAAGAAGGGACAAGCGAGUGUUAUGUUUGCAGGAAGAGACUAGACAAGUGAGUUUUGCUUAGGGAUUUACUGGGACGAUAAAUAUUUGAUUAUAUAAGCUUUGUGUCUCAUUGGUUGAAAUGCACAACAUUUAAACAUUUUGUGUAGGAAGACAACUCUGAGAGGCUUACAAUCUUCUACGUAGGGGGAAGUUAAAAGGUUAUUGAAGUGUCUAUCCCGUUUUAGUUUAUAUUCUUGUUACUUCAUUUUUGAGGUGCUUAGUUGCCAUUCCUUUCAUUGGUUCAUGUAUUACUGAAGUGUAUUCCGUUUCAGGUUUAUAUCCCUGUUACUUUCUUCACGUUUGCGGUUGUUAUUUGCCUUGCCUAACACUUACCCGGAGAUUUGACCAAACUCUCGUGGGGUCAUGGCCUUUUAAGAUUGUUAAGUAUGAACUUCUUUGAUGCUGAAGGGUCCCAUGUGGUUAUACAGUGUACAAUGAUACCAAAGGAUGCUACUGAUUGCCUGUUGUCAGCUGUUCAUUUGUUAUCAAACAUUGAAGCCCACGCUGGUGUUGCAGUUUCUGUAGUUUUCAUGGGAAGCAUUGUGAUUGGAGUGUAGACGGGAUUUUGUAUAUUAUCUAUUUUCCGAGAGAGUUGAAAAGUCUUGGAUGUUUAAGAUUCUAUUUUGUAAAUGUUAAAGAUAAUCGACUUUAGAUUGCUGCAUCUGUUAAUGUUGAGAGGGUUGACGUUAUAUAAUAUAAAUUAUGAUCGUUCAUUUUUCUUUGGUUUGUUCUGGAGGAGAAGAUUAAUUGGUUGGUUUUGGCGCAUCCUUGGGUUCUCUCUAAUUAUAUCAUUAGUAUGUGUUGUUUGAUAUAGGUUACAGGAUGCCGAUGUUUCACUUGCACGAACAAAAUCAUUUGAGUGGCUUAUAAUCAAAGGUCUUACUGGUAUUUAGGACCACGUUGAUAUGUAUGGCGGUAGGAAGACGGUUCUCUCGAUCGCAAAAAAGGAAAAAUAAAAUAAAAAGCAUUGAAUACAUUGUUAAUCAGGUUAUUAGAUUUCAAUGAUCCAUAAAUUAAUCGUGUCGGUCAAAAGGUGAAUGUCCGUGUGGACCCUGAUAGAAAUCAAGUCUCCGAAAUCUGACUUUAUGAGUUUCCUUGAACGACUAUAGUACUGUAUUUUCUUUUGCUGUAUGGCUGCAGUUUUUUUCUUCGGUAUUUUCUCUGUCCUUGUCGUCUGGUUGGGACUAGGACGUCUCCUUCACUUUCUUCUCAGGAGAGAAAAAGCAACGCAACUUUUACAUCCUGUGACUUUCACAGGCGUUACUCCGGCGGCGGAAACAUUGGCCUCAUCCUCCUCGUCCCGGUCCUUGUGGAAGUACGAUGUGUUUCUCAGCUUCAGGGGAACAGAUGUACGCAAAGGAUUCCUCAGUCAUCUCUACAAAGCUCUCACCGACAAGGGGUUCCACACUUUCCGUGACGAUACAGAACUCCAGCGUGGCAAUUUCAUCAGCCCGGCGCUCUUGGAAGCCAUUGAACUGUCGAGAUUCGCCGUCGUCGUGCUCUCUGAGAACUACGCGACUUCUCGCUGGUGUUUGCAAGAGCUUGUGCACAUCACAGAUUACGUGGAGAAGAAACGCCUCGAACUGAUCCCCGUUUUCUUUGGCGUUGACCCUUCUCAUGUGAAGAAACAAUCUGGGAAUUUCGCCAAGGCCUUUGCUGAGCACGACAAGAGACCUGAUACAAAAACUGUGGAAACAUGGAGAAAAGCCAUGGCCAACAUAGGAUUGAUCUCUGGCUGGGAUUCCCGGAACUGGAACGAGGAGUCGAAGCUUAUCGAAGAGCUUGUUCAAGAUCUUUCCGACAGAUUGUUCUCACCAGUGUCUUCCAGUUAUACUGGUGAAUUGAUAGGAAUGAGUACACACAUGAGAAGUAUAUAUCCUUUGAUGAGCCUAGAUCCUCAUGAUGUCCAAAUGAUCGGAAUUUGGGGAAAGGGUGGUAUAGGCAAAACCACCAUCGCAAAAUAUGUCUAUAAAGUCUUCUUGAGCGAGUUCGAUGGUGCUUCCUUUUUAGAGAAUGUGAAAAGAGACUUUAAACGGUAUGGUCCAUCACAUUUACGUGAGAAAAUCUUGUCAGAAAUCUUCCGAAAGAAAGACAUGAAUUCAUGGAAUAGAGAUUCCGAUGUGAUGAUAGAACGAUUACGUGGCAAAAGGAUUCUUCUUAUUCUUGAUGAUGUUGACGAUAUACAACAGCUAAACGAAUUGGCUGGAAAACCUGACUGGUUUGGACCAGGAAGCAGAAUCAUUAUCACCACUCGAGACAGACGUGUUCUAGAGCUGCAUGAUGUCGAACGUAUCUAUGAAGUGAUGCCUCUGAGGACCACUCAAGCACUUCAGCUCUUUAGCAAGCAUGCCUUCAAGCAACCUCGUCCAUGUGAAGAUUAUAGAGAGCUCUCAAUAGAUGUUGUGAAGCAGCUUGGUGGUCUUCCAUUAGCACUUCAACUCGUGGGAGGAUCUCUAUAUCGCCGGGACCUAGAAUUCUGGGAAGACAAACUGGAUUUGCUGAGACAUAACAGCGAUAAUUCACUGUUGAAGGGGUUAAGAGUAAGUUAUGAGGCAUUGGAUGAGCUAGAAAAGAAGAUCUUUCUUUACAUUGCGCUUUGUUUCAACGGAGUAAGUAUGGACAGAGUUAAAAAAUUAUUAGACCUGUUUUUCGUGUCUUCCAGGCGCAGAAAAUUGCCCACCAGACCGAGUAUUAUAGCUCUGAUGGAGAGGUGUAUGAUUAGCUUGUCAAAAAACACAAAUCGAUUGUGGGUUCAUGACUUGCUCCAAGACAUGGCUGAGGAUAUCAUAUGUGAAGGCAAAGAUGAAAGGCCAUGGAAACGUUUAAUGCUGUGGGAUUUUGAGGAUAUAAAUCACGUUUUCUCCACCAAUGUGGGGGAUGAAUCAAUUGAGGUGGAAAGCAUAUUUCUCGACAUGUCUAAUGGAAAUGAGCUCAACAUAACCCCUGAAAUCUUUAGGAGGAUGCCAAAUCUCAAACUACUUAAAUUUUAUACCAAUUCCAGCAUUGGACAGAGCAGAACAAGGAUGUUGGAUGGCCUCGACUACCUCCCUACGCUGCGGUAUCUUCGUUGGGAUGCUUAUAAUCUCAAAUCAUUGCCAUCUCAGUUUUGUAUGACUUCUCUAGUUGAACUCAACCUCUCACGCAGCUCGAUAGAAACAGUUUGGAAUGGAACUCAGGACCUUGCAAACUUACGGAGCCUAAACCUCACAAGCUGCAAGCACCUCACCGAGUUUCCAGACCUUUCAAAGGCGACUAAUCUUGAGAUUCUGAAACUCUCCAAUUGUGAUAACUUGGUGGAAAUCCCCGAGUCCUCUCUUAGAAAACUCAACAAACUCGUCCACCUAAAACUGAGCAACUGCAAGCAACUAAGGAGCCUCCCAAACAACAUCAACUUAAAAUCCCUCAGAUUUCUUCAUCUGGACGGAUGCACUAGCUUGGAAGAGUUCCCAUUUAUCUCAGACACUGUCGAGAAAUUACUUCUGAACGAGACGACUAUUCAACAAGUACCACCAUCAAUCGAACGCCUCUCUCGUCUCAGAGAGCUACGCCUCUCCAGCUGCAAGAGACUGAUGAAUCUCCCUGACAGCAUCAAGAACCUGAAGUCUCUCACUGAUCUUGGUCUCGCAAACUGUCCAAACGUAACGUCAUUUCCAGUAGUCGGAACAAACAUACAAUGGUUGAAUCUGAACAGAACAGCAAUAGAAGCAGUGCCUUCAACAGCAGGGGGAAAUACAGAGCUUCGUUAUCUCAAUAUGUCUGGCUGUGAGAAGCUCAUGAACCUUCCGCCAACGCUAAAGAAACUGGCACAACUCAAGUACUUGUAUCUUCGUGGUUGCACAAAUGUCACUGCGUCUCCUGAGCUCGCUGGUACCAACACAAUGAAAGCACUGGACUUGAAUGGAACAUCAAUAACAAAUCAAUUGGUUGACUCCAAGGGUGCAGAGCCUACUCGGUGUGAAGUACCUGUCAUUAAAAGGUUCUUUAUGAAACAAGUUCGAGAACAUAUCAGGAAGCGUAAAUCCAACAGAUGAUAAAAGAUCAAAACAGAGUCCUUUUGACCAACCAAAUGGCUGCCAGCCUGCCACGUAAAGCUUUGGCUCUGACCAUGGGGCAGGUUUCCAGAGCAUGGCUUGAGCCUUGGGGCUAGAUCUCUCUCUUUCUAUAUAAAAUACGUGUUGUUCGUGAGAUGUUAAUCACAUUACUCAUAAAAUAAUGAAGUGUUUAGAGUGUGAACUGUUGUAAGUCUAUGACUUUUUAUUAGCCAAUUCGAUUUGUAAUGAUAAUCCAUGGAAAAUAAAUAAUGACGCGGGCCAGUAAAACAA